UCGUACGUUAUUUUUAAAUCGUUUUAUAAAUUUAUGUAAAUAUUAUGAUUAUGAAACUUAGUUUCCCUUACAUAGUUAACAUGACAAGAACUAACAAAACUGCAUACAAGAAACAUCAGUGGUCAGGUGGAAAAAGGAAACGGCGUCAAGUCCAAGCUGCCUUACAACACCAUUAUGGCACCAAUUCGUAAGUAUUUCACUGUCAAUAUCAAAUCAUACUAGGCUCUUCUAGGUACAGUCGCCAUCAGAUAUAUCGCAGCGGCCAAGGUAUUCACAAUAUCUGAACACGCGCUCUAACGCCUUGACAAUAGAGGCGUGUUCAGAUAUUUGUGAGCACCUUGGCCGCUCCAAUAUAUCUGAUGGUGACUGUACAUGACACAUCAUCAUCAUCAUCACUAUAGUUAAGUAAUUAUGAAUUUAAACUUUAAAAAAUGUGCACUGCUGCACAACGACUACUACUCGUGCGCUGCCCGUAUUCGACGGUUUUCUGCCAUGUUGUUAAUUUUGUAAUUCUGCCUUUUUCAACCAUUUAUAAUAUUUCUUGUCCUCGCGGCUAUGAGUAUUACUCACAGAAAUUUGCGGACCGAGUUGAAAUUAACAUAAUAAAUGGUAUCAUAAUUCCAGAAGAAACGUGGCUUGGCGUAAUGUUCAAAUGAAUAACCCACCUGACGUCACGAUGUGUGACGAUCCGUCAAAUGCCCAAACGGUGAUAAAUAAUGGUUCAACUAAUGCUGACUAUGGAGGCAGACAUAGUCAUUGAAGGCUUUAAAAAAAGUGAAGAAAUGCAUGGACUGCAAUAUAAAUCCUUCAUUGGUGACGGCGAUUCAUCCGUUUAUGCCCAUAUAAAAAAAAAUAUACCGUAUGGACAUAAAGUCACUAAAAUCGAAUGCAAAAAUCACCUCGUCAAAAAUUAUACCGCGGGCUUGUAUAAGAUUUUGACUAAUACAAAGCUACCCCUGCUAGGUAGAAAUAUGCUAAAGCCAAGAAUUGAGAAUUUGACCAUUGUGACAAGAAAAGUAAUCAUCCACUGUCACAAAGAUCCGAAUCGCCUUCGAAAAGAUUUGAAGAACGUGGCCUAUCACGUUUACGGCCGUCACAUGGAGUGUCAACCAUAUUAUUGUAAUUACACAGAGGCCAAUGACGAACACCCAAAAGUAAAUGAAGACAAAGAUCUCGUGACAAUAAUGACAACCAAGGCACCUGGAGUUUGGGCAAACAUCUGUGCCGCUAAUGAACAUAUUUUAUCUAAGUCCCACAGAGUGAGUAAUGAGACCACGAACGUAGCAGAAAACUUUAUGAGCUUGGUGAAUAAAUUCACUUGCGGCAAGCGACUCAGCCUUGGAAAAGGUGGUUCGUAUCAAAGAAGAGUCCUUCUUGCAGGUUUGUCACAAACGACUGGAUAUAGUUGGCACAAACAAGCAUGGCUUAAAACCUCCAGCCAUAAUAUUGGCCAACAUUUCCAACUUGACAUAAAAAGGAAAGAACUUAUCCGGAUGCGACGCCAAAGAUGUCCAAGGACGCGCAAUUUUAAACCUACUGUCAUUAAACCCGACAAAGACUAUGGUCCCAAAGCAUGCGAUCCUGUUGACUUGAGCCGAGAAGAUAUAAAAAGAAUAGGGCAAGAAAAGCUUAUGGAACUGCAAGUGACACCCGACCAAAUCGCUGAAAUAGAGCAACAAACUAAAGAUCAGCAUGAUAACGAACUCUACAACGUGAUCAGGAGUGAUAGAUUGACUGCAAGCCAAUUCGGGAUGGUAUGCAAACGACGAAAUAAAACUCCUUGCCACAAUCACGUGAAACAAAUUUUGUAUAAAAACAAUAUUUUAACAUCUGAUAUGAAAUACGGGCAGCAUAACGAAGCUGUUGCAAGGACUCUUUUUGAAACCACAACGAAUAAAAAAGUGGAACGUGCGGGUUUAUUUAUUGAUAAACAAUACGGAUUCCUAGGCGCAAGUCCAGAUGGUAUCAUUAUUGAUGAGAAUGCUCUACUUGAAAUAAAAUGCUUUCCAUCACUGAAAAGAAGCCAAGAAAGCAUUGAAACCGCGGCUGAAAGCCGCGGAAAUAAGUUUUGCUUGAAAUAUAAUAAGGAAGGUAAAUUGGUUAUGAACACAAACCAUAAUUAUUAUUACCAGGUGCAAGGACAACUGCGUAUUGCUGACAUGGCAAAAUGUUAUUUUGUCUGUUUUAUUGACCCUGGGAUAAAUAUGACUAUAAUCGAAGUAGACCGAGACGAGGACUUUAUACACAAUAUGAUACCAAAACUCGUAUCUUUUUACAAGAACUGCAUCGUCCCCGAGCUCAUUCUGCGAAGAGUUCCAAAAAACCAAAAAUGCGUCGAAAUUUCAGACUUGCCUGGUACGUUACAGAUUUAUUUAAGAUUUACCCAGGAUGGAACAGAGGUGGUAUAUUUAUUCAAAGUGUAGUUGAAUUGUUGUUUUUGUACACAAAUUGUAUAUCCGUUUGCCUGAUUCAGUCCUAGAUAUAUACUUCUUACUUUUAGUUCAUCUGAUGUUGGAGCCAGGAGGUUGAUUUGCUAACUCAAUCUACUAGAGUUCAAUUUGUUCAAAAAGUCCUUCACAUUAUCUUUAGCAUAGUCAACGAUGGAACUAUAAAGAAAGAGAGAAAUUGGGCGUCUUUUGUUGUUUUACAGAAUUAAUAUAAUAUUCAUUCCUAUGUAUAGUUAUCAUUAUUUAAAUGAACUCAACACGGGAUGAGCUGUGGUUAAAGUAUAAUUUGUGUUAAUUUAUAGUCAAUAAUUAGUUUUUGGUAAAAAAAAACAUUUUUGGUUUGGUAUAUGUUAUUAUCAAUGACUGCAGUUUUCUUUCCAUAGGCAACAAACAACAACAUUCAGACAAAUCUAAUAAUCCCAAACACAAUUAGCUUGCGUUGUUUUAUCACAGAGUUCCCAUAGACACCUUCUGUGUUCAUCAUCAAAUCAGCUCUAUGUCAUAAUAAUAUUGCAUAUUGUCAUUGUAUUAUGAGUGCAAAAUAUCAACUCAAUCGGAAAUCGGCUAGUAAGCCUUAUUUAGCUUCCAAAAUUUGACCUACACUAACAUACAUACUUAUGGCGUUAUUCAUAAAUAUAGGUAUUCAUAAAACAUUUAAUUUCAAGUACUUUUAACUAUUGUAAUUUCGACUAGAUUUUUUAAACUUUUUUAUCCUUUCCUAUAAUCAAUUAUGAUCGUUUUUAGCUGAUCAUCAAAAACAAUAAACGUCGGACAACGGACAGUUCACGUCACGUCAUCCCUGUAAAGAUGAAAAAAAAAAUAGUAUAGUAUUUGUAAAUAUAUACUCAUGUACAUAGUAAAA